GAAUUCAGUUCUCUAGUGGCCGGUUUGAGAAGGACUGCCACAAUAGAGAUUGUCUAUUAGCAAAUUAUUUUACCCGCAGCAUACGUUCUGAAAUUUUCAACCCGUCGAAUUCAAAAAUUCAAAGUCUUUAAUCAAGAACUCAACAAUGUCGUAUUGCGCUCGUAUCUUGCGCGCACAGCGACUCACCGGAAUCGCUGCUGAUAUCCAACAAAGAUGCUUCAGCAUAAGUCCUCUGAGCUUUGCUGCUGCCAAAGUGGCAAUGUCAAAAUUCGAUCAAAGUGCGUACCUUCCCUAUGACAAGCUUGAUCAGAACCUCAGAGUUGUCAAGAAAAGACUGGGACGACCUUUAACACUCUCCGAAAAAGUACUCUACUCUCAUAUCGAUGAACCAGACAAGCAGGAAAUUGUCAGAGGGACGAGUUACCUCAGGUUGAGGCCAGAUCGUGUCGCUAUGCAGGAUGCUACCGCACAGAUGGCUAUGUUACAAUUUAUCAGCUCUGGACUCCCAAAAGUGGCUGUACCAUCAACAAUCCACUGCGACCACUUGAUCGAGGCCCAAGUAGGUGGAGACAAGGAUUUAGCGCGUGCAAAGGACACAAAUAAAGAAGUUUACAAUUUCCUGCAAACCGCAGGAGCCAAAUACGGCGUAGGAUUCUGGAACCCCGGCUCAGGAAUCAUUCACCAGAUCAUCCUCGAGAACUACGCCUUCCCAGGUCUUCUGAUGAUCGGUACAGACUCGCACACACCCAACGGUGGUGGUCUGGGUGGUCUGUGCAUUGGAGUUGGUGGUGCCGAUGCCGUAGACGUCAUGGCGAACAUUCCCUGGGAGCUGAAGUGCCCGAAAGUCAUUGGAGUGAAGUUGACGGGAGAGCUCAAGGGCUGGACCAGCCCUAAGGACAUCAUCCUCAAGGUUGCUGGGAUCUUGACGGUGAAAGGAGGUACUGGAGCUAUUGUUGAAUACUUUGGACCUGGUGUAGACUCCAUCAGCUGCACGGGAAUGGCUACGAUCUGCAACAUGGGUGCUGAAAUUGGUGCUACAACAUCGGUUUUCCCCUACAACUAUAGAAUGCAGGACUAUCUGAAGGCAACUGAACGAGCGGACAUAGCAGCUGCUGCUGACAUGUUCAAAACUAGUCUCCUGAGUGCUGAUCCCAACGCUAAAUACGACCAAAUUAUUGAGCUGGACCUCUCGACCCUGGAGCCGCAUGUCAAUGGUCCAUUUACACCUGAUCUUGCUAACCCCAUCUCAAAAUUGGGAGCUAUUGCCAAGCAAAAUGGCUGGCCCAAUGAAAUCAAGGUCGGGCUGAUUGGUUCCUGCACAAAUAGCUCUUACGAGGACAUGGCUAGGUGCGCCAACAUCGCCAAACAGGCCUUGAAGCAUGGAAUUAAAUCGACGUCGACAUUCAACGUGACUCCUGGGUCUGAACAGAUUCGGGCUACCAUCGAAAGGGAUGGCAUUGCUCAGACUCUCCGAGAAUUCGGGGGGACUGUCUUGGCUAAUGCCUGCGGUCCUUGCAUUGGCCAAUGGGACCGACAAGACAUUAAGAAGGGAGAUAAGAAUACUAUUGUCACUUCGUACAAUCGUAAUUUCACGGGGCGAAACGAUGCCAAUCCUGCUACGCAUGCCUUCGUCACGAGCCCUGAGCUCGUUACAGCACUUUCUAUCGCUGGGAGACUUGAUUUCAACCCACUGAGUGAUAAAUUGAAGGGGAAGGAUGGAAAGGAGUUCUUGUUGGACAAUCCCUAUGGUGACGAGCUUCCAUCCCGAGGCUUCGACCCUGGCCAGGAGACUUACAAUGCCCCACCAGCUGACGGUAGCAAGGUUAAAGUCGACGUAGACCCCAAAUCCCAGAGAUUGCAGCUUCUUGAACCCUUCGACAAAUGGGACGGCAAGGACCUCACUGAUUUGACAGUCCUCAUCAAAGUCAAGGGCAAGUGCACUACAGAUCACAUCUCGGCAGCUGGACCAUGGCUCAAGUAUCGCGGUCAUCUUGACAACAUCUCCAACAACAUGUUUAUUGGUGCCGUCAACGCUGAAAAUAGUGAAGUAAAUAAAAUAAAAAAUCAACUGACCAGCGAGUGGGCGGGUGUGCCAGACGUAGCUCGGCAUUACAAGAAAAAUGGAGUAAGAUGGUGUGCAGUUGGUGAUGAAAAUUACGGAGAGGGUUCUUCUCGGGAGCACGCCGCCCUCGAGCCACGUCAUCUUGGUGGACGUGCCAUAAUUGUCAAAAGUUUUGCGCGCAUUCACGAGACAAAUCUUAAGAAGCAGGGUAUGCUGCCACUUACAUUUGCAAAUUCCAGUGAUUAUGACAAGGUUCAGCCAACUGAUAAAAUUAGCCUUCUGGGGCUGAAGGAUCUCGCACCUGGAAAGUCCGUAAAAGCAGAGAUCAAACAUGCAGAUGGAAAAGUAGACCAAAUUACUCUCAAUCACACUCUCAACGAGCAGCAAAUAGGAUGGUUCAAAGCCGGAUCAGCCCUCAACCGUAUGAAGGAGAUAGCCAGUGGCCGUUAGAAAACCCACCAUCACCAGAAUACAUUGAAUAAAAGAACACUGAUGAAAGCCAAACAAGCACGCAGUCGACUCCGCGUAGGUUGAUAUUUAGAUUACAAGCGAACGAUAAGUAAUGAUUAAUGAAAAGUAUACUUGAAGAGUUUCACAGUGUUCAUGGCUUGGUGAAUAGUCCUCGAGAGUAAUUAUAAACAAUUGGUGAAGGCACAUAGUCAGAUGGAAAGAAAAUUAUCGAAGCAAUAAUUUAGAAAAUGCAACCGAGUGCUGGAAAAGAUGAUGAGUCGUUUCAGAAUUUUAAAAAGAGAAUAUGAUUUGUAUUAGGACAAUAAUAGCAUCGAAUCGCCUUCAUAUCUUUUCACUUCAUCAAUUAAAGAAUUUUUAUGGAUAAAAAUCAUGCGCUAAUCUGACGUCUUGAGCAUUUAGAGGUAUCGACGUGUUCAUCAUCAGCCUCGUCGUCGAUUUCUCUGAACUUUCGACGUCAGUGAGAUAAAUUAUAAAAUUGACAGUUAUGUUGUUAUACAAUCGGUGAUCGUGUACAUGAAAAUUCUAUGUCAGCGGUUUUUUUAAUUAGACUAUAUACAUAAAGAUCAUUGUGAGAUGAAAUGAGCUUGUACAUUGUUGAUUAUGCAUUGUCAUUUAGGAUAUACGUUUGAUGGCUUUAACGGGCCGUGAUGAAUUCCCGUUUAAGGAUAAAUAAAAGCCAAAACAGAAAUAAUAAAAGUGAAAAAGGAGAAAAA